AUGGCGUCCCAGCUACCAAAACUGACCAAUAUCAUUCACAUUCGGAAUUUCAUCGACGACGUUCGUCCUGAUAGUAUACGCCCGGAAACCCCAAACUACGCAGAAAUCCAUGCAACUGUGAACGUCUUCCAAGAGGACGACUUUUACGACACCAAGAUUGAUUCCGAUCCGAUCCAAACCUGCGUUCGGGUCUACCUGAAACAAAAUGAACGAGACUUCUACGUGCCGAAUACGUUUUUCUAUGCAGAUGGUCGAUUCAUAGUCGAAACGACUCCCGAGGAAAGGCCCAAAAUUAUCGUGCAGUCUCUCAGCUUACAAUGGUACGCAUACACCCGUCUUAGGAUCAUAUGA